AUGACCACGGUUUAUGGAAAAGUCAAUAAGAGAUCAAUCAUCAAUAUUGUUAGUCCGAUGUUUAUGAAAAAAGGUGUGCUUGAGGUUAUUAAACCAUACCUCAAAUUUCUGGUACAUAUUCUGUUAGAUAACGAUAACAACGGAUGUAUAGUACAUAUUCUGUUAGAUAACAAUAACAACGGAUGUAUAGAUAAUGGAAAACUGGCGCAAGUAAAAUCCUGUGAGAGUUAUGGACGGUGGAAAGAUCACGCUCAAUAUAUGGAGCAUGACUGGAUGCACUGUGUGGACCGUCUCUUAAAGGCAUGGACAGGAUAUCAGUUGGGGGUACAGAUGCUUUCCGGUGGACUAGAAACAUAUCAAAAGGCUGAAUGGUUUGCUAAGGUUCUGGCCGAGUAUACAUCCAGCUUAGGGAAUCUACAAGUUCAUAACUUAAGUGAAUGGAUAUGUGACAUUUUGGAUAACGAGUUUAAUCUUAUUCUAAAGGAUAACAGCAUCGAGUGGCUUGCUUCAUCUCUGCUAAAGUGUAGGUUGUGGUUGGAAAAAUGUCAGAAACCAGAACUUGAAAAUUUCCUAUCCAAGUUGCCGUCCGAAAGUGCCGUACAAGCUGCUGCAAUAGAAAGUGAGGUGGUAAUGGACCACUCAGAUGACGAAAACAGUGACUGUGAGAAAUUUGAGAAUAAGCCGCAAGACAAACAAACUAAAAGAUCAUCGAGGAGACGCAUGGAAACCGAUGAAGAUGGUUGGACUACAGUUAUUCGUAGAUAA